AUGACGCUGGAUUUUCGCCGUCUGGAAAGAAUGCAGGUCCGGGCCCAGUGGCCAACCUGGUGGCGCAGGCCGUGCAACAUGAACCGAGCAGCCACAAGUGCCAUCGUCGCCCGGAUGGAUGGAAAACAAAAAGAAAGUUUCCUCAGCAAAUCACCUGACAACUUCUUUUUGUUCAAAGAAUUCUGGGAAUGUCGGCUGUUUAUUUUAGUUUCCACCAGCCCACGUAAACACCCUUAUUUCCCCCAUCCCAACAUCAUUUCCUUCCACAACAGCUCAGCUGUUCACGGUGACGAUUCGCCACCUCCUGGAGAAGCCGGCACGCGCCCCGCAAACACACGCAGCGCAACGGGCGCGCUCACGAGGGCGCGCGCUGCAACGUCCUGCAGCGUGACGUUGGGGGCGCUGCGCUACGCGGCCGGCCUGACCUUCGACGCAUGCGUUCGCGUGCGCGCCAAUUUAAACGGGCGGAGGCGCCGCCGUGCGCGGCCCCGCUCUUUGUUGGGGGUGCGCGGCCCCGCUCUUUGUUGGGGGUGCGCGGCCCCGCUCUUUGUUGGGGGUGCGCGGCCCGCUCUUUGUUGGGGGUGCGCGGCCCCGCUCUUUGUUGGGGUGCCCGAGGCGUCGGGAACGCACACGGAGCUGCGAGUCGCAAAGAUCUCGAAUACGGAUUUCUUGAUGAGGUUGGCAAGGCAAUAUUUUCCUUCACAACACGGAUGUUUGGCAUUGAUGGGGGUGGAGGGGAAGCGCCCGGAUAUCCUGCUGCUGUUGCUUUUCCUGACCCAGUUUCCUACCCCGCCACUUGCCAGAGCAAUGUUACAUGAGAACGCUCAAGGUUGGGUGAACUGCCAUGGUCUGGGACAUCUGGAAUGCUAACAAAAGCCAAAUUUUAGCCGGUGCUUUGACGUAGUCCGAGCGGGAUCUCAGCAAUGCCAAUUUUUUUAACGCUCGCUUUGCAGACUUAUCACACACAGGCAGCUUUCCAGCACUGCAUUCUGCUGUCUAUUUUUUCCGCAGCAGGCAUCCGUGUUGAACCAACGUAUGUCCUCGGUAUUUAAAUAGACUGAUCUGGCAAACAGUACUUCCCAAACUCCACAGAGUUAGCACAACAGACAUUGCAACUUCUUGCAAUGAAUGGACAGAGCGAUGGGCCCGCAAAAGAAAGGUCUUGGAGUACACUUGAAUUUAUAAGUCCCGCCACCACCCAUACAGAAACAUCCACGUGAAUAUUAAAUAAUGACGUUUUUAACAAAUGUAACAUUUAAACUAUCAGCAAUGUCAGCAUAAUUUAGACAAACAGCUACGUCUGAUAUUUAAUUUACACUGAUGGAAAAUGUUCAACUUGUCUCUAAAUUGUAUGUGACAAAUGUGUAUGUGACAAUUAACCGUGACUUGACUUAAUUGACCUCUAUUGUUGAUAUAGAAUAUCUAAUCUCAUGUUCAUUAAAAAUCAUUUUAUGCAUUAUGAGAUAAAAAAUGUUUUAAGAAAAAUUGAGAGUAUUAAAGUACUAGUAACGAUAGGUUGAAACUAUCACUGGCUCCGUUUUUGACGGGAAGCCAAUCCAGCAAAAGGGUUAAUAAUCUCGCUACACGUUUUGUUGCCCACGAUGAAAUGUUAUCUUCUUAAAUGUUAUAUUUUAAUUUAAAAAAGGUCGAUUUUAGUUACUUUGUAAUUUUAAAAUAAACGUAAAGUGCCUAGUAAUCGCAUUAUGUUUGGCAGGAAAGACCAGCAAAGAUAAUGGCUUCCUUUCGAAGCAAUAUAACGGAAGUUUGUGGUAGCAGUCUUUUAACAGAGGAAACUGAGAUUAGCCACAGAUAAUGGUUACAGUGGUAAUACAAGUGAAAAAAAAAGAACCACAGUGAAAUUAGUGGAAGAAGCUAACAUUAAUAAUAUAUUAAUUCAGGAAUUGAACAUACCUGAGGAGACAAUGCGUCGUAAAACUCAAAUGUAUAUAUUUUUAUUCACAUGGAAAGGUUACAUUUUAUUGGUAGGUAAAAUGAAUUUAGCGUUCUCAGCUCAAAUCCACCUAAUUCCCUGUGUUUAACAAGAAUAUUUACAUUUUUGACUGCUUCAGUUCCAUCGGCAUUUAGCUUGCAUCUUUGAUAGUGUAUUCCAUAAAAUAACAUGGGCUUGCUUCCUUUGUACCAUGAUGAUUAUGAAAAGAAAAUUGCCUGCUGCCUUGUCCUAAGAUCUCCACACUCAUUAUUUCUGUGCUUAAUGACUGACAUUAGGACAGAUUAAACUACAACUCAAAAUGUUUAUCCUUUCUGAAGGGAUUUGAACUGUUUUCCCCUUCCUAUUACUUUAAUAUCCCCGACCACUCACUGAAAUAUUUAAUCUUCAGAAAUUCCACAAGCUUGUGCAUUCAUCAUUUAUUAUUCCCAUCACCAGUGGCAUUGCAUUCAACUGUUUUAAGUGAAAAUGAAAUGUCUGAAAUGUCUUUUCUAAACUUAAACUUCUAUGCCUGGCUGCAUUUGCGUCCUCCUUUAAGAUGCUUCUUAAAAACACCUGAAUAUCAUAUAUGAUGGGAUAAUUCUGCUAUGAAGCACCUUGGAACAUCUACAUUGUGAAAGGAGCUGUUAAUGCAGGUUAUUUUUAAUUGCAAAACAAUUGUUAAUAACAAACCACAAAGUAAAUGUGGUAAAUGACAUAAUCUAUUUAAGUUAUUAAGUGAUGAUUCAUUCCUAAUGGUUUAUUCAUGUUCUCCAAUAUAUUAACUGCUGCUUACAUGCAGCAAAGGGACAAUGCAGGUGUGAAUGGUUUCAUUCUUGAUUUUU